AUGGAUGAGUUAGUUACCCAAGGUAUAUGGGAGGGCUAUUGCAUGAGAAGGUUCACAAAAGUUUGCAUUGCCUUAAAUGUACCCAAUGUGUAUCAGGCUGUCAAUGACAGUUCACUUUCAUUGACUGUUAAGAACAGCACCAUUAACUUCAAGAUUGAUGUUGUAGCAUUGUUUUCUUGGGUGAAUAAGACUAUUCCUUUGGAAGACUCACUCCUUGCAGUGAACAUGUUAUGGCACAUAUUCCAUACACUACACAAUUCCUUAUCUCUGCUCUUGCAUUCAGCUUCAAAGAAUAAGACUAUUCCUGUUGGGGAUUUGCUCUUUACUUUGAAAGAACACAUUCUAGAUAGUCAGAUAUUUAUGUUUGGAAACAAGCCUACAUCCGAUCUCGGGCGCCCUAGCUCGGGUGUCCGAAUCCGGAUGGUCCGGAUUAGGAAGGAGAUGGCUUCCGAGCUCCAGUGUCCGAACCCGGACGACGUCCGAUGUCGGACGUCCAAUGUCGGGCGUCCAAUGUCGGGUGUCCGAGCUCGGGUGUCCGAAGCCGGACAGUCCAAAUUAGGAAGGAGAUGUGUAGCAAUUGAUUACUUGACCACAGGGAUGCAUUCACACACCGGAAAAUGA